AUGUUAUCGCCACUGAUUCUAGUCCUGGUCUUUACAACAAUAGGAGCAAAUGAUAAGGAAGAACUAAAAGAUAUAUUUUUUUUUACGUUCUCUAUUUCAGAUUCCCAGACUUUCUACUUCUGUAAUACAAAUGGCAAAGAUGCUUGUGAGGUCGCCAGAAGUAACGUACCUUUUCAGCCCAAUGCCCGAUACCCUUAUUGUCCGUAUGACGCUGAUAUAGAGUACUGUGACAGGUAUAUCACCCAAGGCUGGUACAGAUACAGUACAACAAUGCUGGACAAGUGUGUCUCACUGGGCUCAUGUGGUGCUAUUUAUCCAUAUUGGCUAAACGGCAGCCACCCAGUUUCAGUUAACCAGGAAGUUGACCGGAGUGUUUGUAAAGUGGGAUUCUCAAGCUGUUGUUCUAAACAAGUGAUGAUAAAAAUACGUCACUGUGGGGAAUUCAUGGCGUAUUGUCUUCCGGCACUUGAUGCUUGCCCAGAACGAUACUGCUUUGGUGAGUCGGGAGAAUGUGAACCAACUACCACCCUAAGUGUGCAGUCAACAACCAAGAGUUCAUCUAUAACAUUGGAUUCUUCAUCGUCCACAUACCCCACAACACAGAGUACCUCACAACAAUCUACGGUCAGUACAGAGAAGACUCAGUUUUCAACAGAAUCUCCAAAAUCCACAGAUUUCUCAUCAACCUUUCUCAGCUCAAAGACAAGUGUUGAAUCUAACACUAUCACAAGUUCAUCAGGACCUACAACCACAGCUAGUUAUAGUGAUAAAUCAACAACCAGUGCUAGUUAUGACAACAAACUAACAACCAGUGUUAAUACUAACGAUAAAUCGACAACCAGUGUCAGAACAACCAAUAAAUUGACAACUGUUAGUACUGCUGAUAAAUCGACAACUAGCGCUAGUACUGCUGAUCAAUCGACAACGACAACUAGUGCUAGCACUGCUGAUAAAUCGACAACGACAACUAGUGCUAGAACAACCAAUAAAUUGACAACUGCUAGCACUGCUGAUAAAUCGACAACUAGCGCUAGUACUGCUGAUACAUCGACAACGACAACUAGUGCUAGAACAACCAAUAAAUUGACAACUGUUAGUACCGCUGAUAAGUCGACAACUAGUGCUAGUACUGCUGAUAAAUCGACAACGACAACUAGUGCUAGAACAACCAAUAAAUUGACAACUGUUAGUACCGCUGAUAAAUCGACAACCAGUGUCAGUAAAACCAAUAAAUUGACAACUGCUAGUACUGCUGGUCAAUCGACAACUAAUGCUAGUACUGCUGAUAAGUCGACAACGACAACCAGUGUAAGAACAACCAAUAAAUUGACAACUGCUAGUACUGCUGAUAAAUCGACAGAAAAGACAACGGAAAACUCAGAUUUUAUUUCAACGACUUCACCAGUGUUUGACCACUGUUCAAAUGGUAAAGAUCCGUGUGAUGCAAGAAAUCAGCUAGAUAAUGUGCCAAAUCUUGGCAAUCGCAGUGACCAGUGUACUUAUGAAUCAAUAUCAAGGCCAUGUGAUCAAGAUUUAGAAAUGAAAUGGUACAAAGGCUUUAAGAUACUGAAUAGAUGUCCCAAGUUUCUAACAUGUGGAGCUGUUUAUCCAGUAUGGAUGAAUGGUUCUGAACCGGAAGUGAAGGAUGGUAUAGUAACUCGUGAGGUAUGCAAGGUUGGUCCAAACAGUUGCUGCGAAGAGAAACUGGAAAUUAAAGUUGUCAACUGUAGUUUGUACACAGCGUAUUGUCUGAGACCGCUCAUACGAUGUGAGGAGAGGUAUUGUUUUGACACAAACACAUGUACCAUUAAGUCUGCACACCAGAAAAAGAAAGAAGAUUCUCUCACAAUAACUCAAGGUAUCGUUAUUGGAAUAGUCGCAGUCAUCACUAUGCUGGUAAUCACAGUGUCAGUCAUCGCAUUGAAAAGAUGCAGAGACAAACCUGACAGCAUGUAUGAAAAACCCUUAGCAUCACCGUCUGAAAAUGAAUAUGAAAUGCCAUCGACUUCAAACAUAAACACCAGAAACGUGUAUGAUGAACUUCCGGAAAAGAAAAAUGAUACAGAAGAAGGUCUUACAGGUCAGACAACUCCUGACGAAAAUCAGUAUGAUUAUAUACCAGAAGAGACGUCCAAUGUUAGACCAAAAGAAACAACAUAUCAGAAAAUGUCAAAUGGUUACAUUUAA